AUGGCAAAGCUUAUUCUCCUCACAGGCUUGGUUGUUCUGCUGCAGGUACAACUAGGUUCAGCCUACAAGCUAGUGUGCUACUUUACCAACUGGUCUCAGUAUCGACCAGAACCAGCCAAGUUCUUCCCCAAGGAUGUGGACCCAUGUCUGUGCACACAUCUGAUAUACGCUUUUGCCACCAUAAAUGACAACAAGAUUGCUCCCUAUGAAUGGAAUGACAUUGAUGUCCUGUAUCCUGAGUUCCAAGCCCUGAAAGAACACAACAAAGAUCUGGUCACUUUACUGGCAGUUGGUGGCUGGAACUUUGGCACUCAGAAAUUCACCACCAUGGUCUCCUCAGCUGCCAACCGAAAAAUCUUCAUCUGUUCUGUCAUUGACUUCCUUCGUCAACAUGAAUUUGAUGGCAUUGACUUGGAUAUUGAAUAUCCGGGGUCCAGGGGAAGCCCAGCUGAGGACAAACAGCGAUUUACCAUCCUGAUUAAGGAAAUGAUACAGGCUUUUGAAGAAGAGGCUGAAGAAACAGGAAAACCCAGACUGCUGAUCACAGCAGCUGUGUCGGCUGGCAAAGAGACCAUUGAUACAGGAUAUGAAAUUGCAGAGAUUGGAAAGCUUCUUGAUUUCAUAAGUGUGAUGACUUAUGACUUCCAUGGUGGCUGGGACCCAUGUACAGGACACAACAGUCCUCUGCACAUAGGAUCCAAGGAUCAAGGCAACAUGCGUUAUUUCAACUGUGAAUAUGCCAUGAAGUACUGGAGAGACAAUGGGGUCCCUUCAGAGAAGCUCAUCAUGGGGUUCCCCACCUAUGGGAGGACCUUCCGGCUCAGCACUUCUGACACCUCAGUCUGUGCCCCAGUCUCUGGAGCAGGGUCAUCUGGUCCUUACACACUUGAGGCUGGCUUCUGGGCUUACUAUGAGAUCUGCACAUUCCUAAGUGAAGCCACAAAUGCCUGGAUUGAAGACCAAAAAGUUCCAUAUGCUUAUAAAGACACUGAGUGGGUUGGCUAUGACAAUAUUAAGAGCUACAAAUAUAAGGUUGACUUUCUUAAGGAGAACAAUUUUGGUGGGGCCAUGGUUUGGGCCAUCGACCUGGAUGACUUCUUAGGCUCCUUCUGCAAUGAGGGCAAAUAUCCACUCAUACGCAAGCUGCAGUCACUGCUGGGCCUGUCCUCAGAAUGCACUCCAUCAGCCACCAAGACUUGGUAUCAUCAACAAGUGAUACCCAGAAGUGAAGGUUUCUGUGCCAAUAUUGGUGGAGACAGCGGCAGUGGUGGAGAAGGUGGCAGUGAAGGAGAUGAAGGUUUCUGCACUGGAAAAGCAGAUGGCAUUUAUAGCGAUCCUGAAGACAACACCAAGUUCUACCAGUGCGCAGGAGGCAGGACCUUCUACUUCCAGUGUAACCAAGGUCUGGUGUUUGACCAAACCUGCACAUGUUGUAACUGGCCUUCAAUUUAA